AACAAAAGUUAAAUUAAUCAGAAUUAAUUCACUUUCGUAGAUCUUAGUGGCGCACGACUUCCCUCCUUAGCGCUCACUCACCGAUCUCAAGUGCUGACGUGCAUGGAUAUGCCGGGUCCCUUUUAACCCGCCUACCGUAGCAGCGUCUGAACCUUCAAGUUACACCCUUGAUCCUCGUUCCUCCUAUCAUCCCCAGCCAUCACACCACACCAGGCUGUUGCAAUGUUAUGUACAAUGUUACUAACAGAUCUUUUUUUCUCCUUUUUUCUCGAUACCCGCCAAGUCCCGGGCAGCCUCGCUGACCACUUCUUUCGAGGCAUCGCGCAUUUAGCUAGCUGCACAUCCCUGCGUUGAAGCUUCGGCCGACCCUUGUUCUCUUCUCUGUUUUCUCCACUUUCAAUCCCCAAAAUGUCUGCCCAAGUGGGAAGAAAUGGAUAAGCGUGAGGCUAUCACGGAGGAUAACCUUGGACCGGUAGUCAGCUUGCUGACCUGGAUUAUGGCCGCCGCCGUUAUCAUAGCUGUCGGUAUCAAGUUAACUCUGUCGUCCAUCAUUCCCGGGAAGCGCAAUCGAGAAGACGUUGCGCUGUUUCUCGCGACAGUCUUCAGCAUCGGUUUCACUAUUUCGAUGUCUCUUGCCGUAUCAAAUGGAAUCGGGAGACAUGAGAACACGCUGUCAUCGGAUCAACUAGAGUCGUUACAGAAAUCGGUUUAUUCUUCUGAUAUUUUGCUUGUCCUGGUUUCAACCUGUGUGCAGGCGUCAGUUCUCAUCUUUCUCUACGAGAUCACCCCGGAUGAUCUUCACCAUAGGUUGAUAUAUGGCAUAGCGGGCUUCAUGACUUUGUUCUUUAUCCCGUCGUUCUUCGUCGCCGUCUUUCCUUGUACUCCCCCUGAUGUAUGGGAAAUCCUGGGCGUUCAAUGCAUCGACCAACUUUCCUUCUGGGAAGCCUUCGCAGGAGUGAACCUAGUGAUUGAAAGCGCUCUGGUGUUCCUUCCUAUCAUGAUAGUCUAUCCCGUGAUGAUGGAAAGGAGACGAAAGAGCAUAGUGAUUAGCGGGUUCGCCGCUCGGCUCGCUGUCGUGGGAACUUUCAUAGCGCAGCUCUAUGAAGCUCAACUUUUGAGAUCGUACCUUUUUGAUCGGACUUUUUACGCUUGGAAAUACCUCUUGACCACGGUUUUUGUACAAGGCCUCAGUAUCAUCACAGUCUGCAUCCCCUACAUUAGAAACUUGCUUCUAGGUAUGGAAUCGGGCAUGAUACAGACCGGUCAUUAUAGAUUGCCGAGCAGGCACAGUACUGAGACCGGAAUUGCCCUUCGACAUAUCCCGAUUAGUACAACAGACACCGACUUUUCCGGAAACACAAGCGCGAAACUCGAAGCGCCUGCUACUAGCCAUAGAAAGAAGGAUGAUAAUACUUGAAGGAGGUCACAAUUCUUGGGAUACGAAUUUACCCAAGAUUUACGGAUUUGCCGUGGCUCAGUCGAGAGCUUACCGAGGCGAGAUAGGUUCGCCGAGAGGAUUUUGAUGGGGAAUGAUUGCAAGAAGCCAUGUGAAUCGAAAGAUGAAUCGGUAAUUACUAGAUGACGUUUGUCUUCAAUAGCUUCUUUUGCUGUUAAAUAUCAGUGAGACUUUGAAUCAAGCCCCGGGGGCCUU